CAGAAUGAAGCUCUAGAAAUUGCCCUGGACUCCGUAAUCCGACGAGAGGCUGAAGCUAAGUUCUCAUGUCUGAAAAGGUUACCAAGGAUAGUGGAAAAUUGCACGAACUAUGCCUAUUUAGACGAUAUCUACGACACAAUUUCCUCAAACACAAGCAUAGACAAAGAAGAGUUCCUCGACAAACUGGGCCAAGAGUUGAUCGGCACCUCUUGCACGGGGCGCAUGGAGGGCGCGUUCAGAUGCCUGGGCGGCAACCUCAAAGAGUUCCUGGCCACCCUGGAUGGAGUCCACGACGUUUUAAAGUACCAGGAAAGCCAGACGGACGAGCAGGAAACGGAGGCGUUCUCGUGCACGGCGACGAGCUACGACAACCUGCAGCUGGAUUUCACUACGGAACGGGAGGCGGUGGCGUAUUUGUUGGCGGGCAGUUUGAAGGCGAUAGCGAAGAUUUUGUAUAAUACCGACGCCGAAAUUACUGUCACACAAAGUGAGGAGGAUAGUAUACAUUAUAGCUUGAAAAUCGACAGGGUGGUCGACACGACGGAAUCAGAGCAGGCGGAAAUCGAAUUAGACAUAGAGAAGGUCUACUCGAAAAACGUGUGCGAUCUGCGAGUCGGCGUUGCCACGUUUUGCAAGGCGUUCCCGUGGCACUUCAUCAUCGACAGGAAAAUGGAGCUGGUGCAGCUGGGUUCGGGUUUCAUGCGAUUGUUCGGUACGCUGCUGAAGGACUGCGGCACCUCGGUCUCGACGUACUUCGAGUUUCGAAGGCCGCGAAACAUCAAUCUCAGCUUUAACGAGAUCGUUAAGCGGACGAACACCCCUUUUAUGCUGGCCAUCAAGCAGCUUUCCGACGAUGGAAGUUUUCCAGCUGGGGGUCUGGAGCUCAAAGGCCAAAUGGUGCACUGUACAGAAUCGGAAUCCAUUUUAUUUAUCGGCUCGCCCUUUAUCGACGGUCUUGAGGGACUCACCGGAAGCGGACUUUUUAUAUCCGACAUACCCCUGCACGAUGCUACCAGGGACGUUAUACUGGUCGGCGAACAGGCCCGAGCACAGGAUGGCUUACGACGCCGUAUGGAUAAACUAAAAAGUUCAAUAGAAGAGGGAAACAGAGCGGUCGACAAAGAACGAGAGAAAAAUGUCAGCUUAUUACAUCUAAUAUUUCCGCCUGAUAUUGCGAAAAGACUGUGGCUCGGCGAAACGAUCGAGGCCAAAACACACGAAGACGUGACAAUGCUGUUCAGCGAUAUCGUCGGUUUUACGUCCAUUUGCUCCACCGCGACCCCCCAUGAUGGUGAUUAAUAUGCUGGAGAAUCUCUACAGCCAGUUUGAUAUCUUCUGCGACCAGAUCGAUGUUUACAAGGUGGAGACGAUAGGUGACGCAUACUGCGUAGCAGGGGGUUUACACAAAGAAACAAGCACGCAUGCGCAGCAGAUUGCAUGGAUGGCUGUGAUGAUGAUCGAGACUUGCACCAAGCACCAAACGCAUCAAGGACAGCCAAUUAGGAUGCGUAUCGGGAUCCACACCGGAUCGGUGCUUGCCGGAGUCGUGGGAGUAAAAAUGCCUCGCUACUGCAUGUUUGGCCAUAACGUCACCAUCGCCAACAAGUUCGAGUCCGGCAGCGAGCCCCUGAGGAUAAACGUCAGUCCCACCACGUACGAGAGGCUAAUGGAAACUCCGGGUUUCACGUUCGAGGAACGCGACCGUUCCUGCUUGCCCAAGGACUUUCCUGCAGAUAUUGCCGGAACGUGUCACUUUCUCACCGGCUAUAAACAUUCGCAGGUCCGGCAGGACGCCAAAUUGAGCGAGCACAUUGUUGCAGGACUCAACGACAUCGGCCUGAAGGCGGACUUCACUUCUUAA